UACAAACAACUGGUCAUCUUGUUUCAUCAAUAACCCUCUCAAUCAGAAGAAGAUGAAAUCCAAUGGUGAUGAAGAGAGUGCUUCUAAUUCGGAUGCCAAUCGCGAGCCUCUAUGCGUAUAUCACAAUCAGGAAGGACAUGGGAGCCGAAUUGACCAAGCCGACGAGACUGAACGUAGCCCACCUCCUGAUAGAACCACCAUGCCUGAAGAGGAGACUCCGCGGAUCACCAUAGUGAGAACUCUGGACCGAAAUUCAAAAGCUUCAUCUUCGAACGACCACGAGAGUCAGGAGGAUCAGCUUAAAUCAGCUCAAGUUGAAAUGGGAGAGGUUAGAGAAGAGAACGAGCGAUUAAAGUCGUUAUUAUCCCAAUUAGCAAAGGAUUACCAAUCUCUUCAGAAGCAUUUUCACGAUGUUCUUCAACAAGACGAGACUCACAAGAAGCGUGCAAUUCCGACUCCCACUCCUGUCUUGGCAAAUGAUCAAGAAAACAAGCAGGAGCCUGAUGAGUUUGUCUCUCUCACCCUUGGUCGAACUUUGAGUGGUGUAAACAAGACUGAGGAUCAGAGGAAAAUCGACUUGAAUGAAGCUGAAAAGGAUAAUGAGAUGUUGCGGGAAGAACUCAAGCUUGGAUUAGACUGUAGAUAUGCUGAACAAAGCCCAACUGAACCUGUGAAGAACCGGACGUCCGGGGAAGGCUUCGAGGAGCUGAGGGAAGAUGACAUCACGGAGAUAUGGCCUCCAAGUAAAAUCUUGAAGACCAUGAAAAGUACCGAUGAUGAAUCUUCUCAGUCAUCCCAAGGGAAGAAAGCUAGGGUUUCGGUUCGAGCACGAUGCGACACUCCCACGAUGAAUGAUGGAUGCCAAUGGCGAAAAUACGGGCAAAAGAUUGCUAAAGGAAAUCCAUGUCCACGGGCAUAUUAUCGAUGCACAAUCUCACCAUCUUGUCCCGUAAGAAAACAGGUACAAAGAUGUGCAGAGGACAUGUCUAUCCUGAUUACGACCUACGAAGGUAAUCACAACCAUUCGCUCCCGAUAUCAGCCACCGCCAUGGCUUCAACCACUUCGGCUGCUGUUUCUAUGCUGCAGUCUCGAUCAUCAAGCUCCCAACAAGACCCCAAAGCUCCACCUGCUACCACCCAUAAUAACUCCACGUGUACAACUUCCGCUAGCUUGCACGGGUUAAAUUUCUCCCUCAGCCAAGAUUCAAGAUCAAAUGGCCAACUGCAUUUCCCCUACUCUUCAAUCUCGACUUGCAAUUCUCACCCCACCAUUACACUUGACCUCACCUCGGCGAUCAACCCCUCCAACUAUGAUCGAUUCUCUUCAAGCAUACUCACACCUCCCGUGCCGAAAUACUCUUCAAUAUCUGCACCUUGUCUCAGCUUUUCUUCAUCAUCAACUGCAUUGGCCAGCUCCCAACUGUUAUCACCUUGGGACACUAGUAAUUUUUUGAACUAUGGGGCAACUCCGACUAAUCAAAGAUCAAUCCAAUUCCGCAAGUGUGCUUCGGAUCUUGGGAGGCAAGCAAGUCAAGAACAUUCGUACAAACCCUACUUGCAAAUGAGUAGUGUCACAAAUUCCUCCGAAAAAUCUCUGAUGCCAGAGACACUGGCGGCUGCGACGAAGGCAAUCGCCACGAAUCCUUCUUUCCAUUCAGCAUUGGCGGCGGCACUUAGUUCCUGCAUUGGCAAUAACGGGACUUCAGGUGGUUAUCGAGGUAGGGGAGAAAAUUCUGAGCUCAAGUACGUCCUGAAGGCAGGAGACUCUUCUUCGGCUAGUUCCACUCAAAUCCCCGGCCAGAGUAGAGUGCUUUGUGCCUCGAACUUCGUCAGCAAACAGGCGAACAUGAACUUGCAACAGCAAGGGGGCUUGAUCAAUUUGUUCCAACCUUCAUUAUCAUUGUCUACAUCAACAGGUGCCAAUUCGGGGUCCCCUACGGAGAAUUACAAGGAUCGGAUUAAGUUCUAGCUAAUUACAAUGUCUGAUGAUGGACGUAGAGGCGAAGAAUUAUGGGAUUUUGUAGUUUCAUCUUACUUCCAUGUUUAUAACUCGACGAAGAUUCUUGUAAACCACACAAUUUGUUUAUCCGAAUGCCAUAUGGAAGAAGUUCUCUCUA